UGAUAACACAACCGCAUUCAGAAUUCAGAAAACGGAUUCAGCCUUUCACACAUUUAUAAUAAUUAAUAAGAAUAAUUUGAAAAAUAAUUACAAUGUUAAGGUACCGUCAUUUGACUUCACACUUUUUAAAAUCAAGUUUAACACAAUUGAGGAUACAUCCCAAAAAAUUAAGUAGACCUUUCAGUCAACAAAAUCAAUCAACUCCUAAACAUGGAGCAUUUGCAAAUUUUUACGAGAAAACCAAAAAACCACAAAACAUAAACGAAGAAAAAGAUGAAGAUUUUGAAACCUUGCUCAGGAAUUCAAAUUUUAUAAACAUGGGUGAUCCUGAAGGAAAAAUUUUAGUUGGUCAUGUAUUCCAUAUUGUAAAUAAUGACUUAUACAUUGACUUUGGAUGGAAGUUCCAUUGUGUUUGUCCAAAACCUAUUAAAAAUUCUAAUGAGUAUGUAAGAGGAACACAAGUCAAGCUAAAAAUCAAGUCUUUAGAACUAGCAACACGGUUUUUGGGUUCAGAAAAAGAUAUGACUCUACUUGAAGCUGAUGCUACACUACUUGGUCUUUAUAAACCAUAUAAAAAUUUACAAUCUAAUGUUUAAGUAUAUUGUAUUAGUUGUAUUUUCAAAGACUGUAGUUGUUUAUAAAACUAGCAUAAAAUGAAGAUAUUAAUUUA